UGAUUGGAGAUACUUAACUUCCCUAGGUUUUCUACAUGAUCGUGUCAACGUCAAAUCCAGUUACCUCCAAAAGCUCGAGGCCAAAUAAAAUUCAACCAUAUUAACCGCUUAAUCAAAGAUACAUCGCAUCGAGAACCAAUAGCUCGCAAUCAUGGAUGGUUUUGACCGGGUAAGUCACAGCGAUCUAUUGAGUGACAUUUUUACUUGAAGCUGAUGAAGAAAAUAGGUCGUCGUAUUGACCAGAUCUGAGCAGAAGGGCAUCUCAAUUCUAAGUCCUUAGCAGCAAGACCGGAAAAACAAUGAACAGAAUAAGAGCGCCAUUACUGUUAGCCAGCCACAACAACCUGAAGAUUUGAUAAGUAUAGAGACAGGGACCUUCCAUACCAAGGACAAUGUCGUAGCAAUCAACAACGUGCAUAAAUCCUUUUCACAAUUCGGAAACUUGCCAACCGAAUUAAGGUUGAAGAUUUGGAGAUUCGCUGCCCUGCAGCCGCGCACCAUUCAUGUCACUCCCUACAAGGAUGAGUCCGAUGAAUUGUAUUACCUUUGCGUCACGUCGCAGCAAUGUCCUGUGACAAUGGUGUGCCCGGAGGCGCGAGAGGUAGUAUUGUCAUUCAAGGAGCCUUUGGAGUUGCUCAAAUGGAGACCAGAGUUCGCGGAACGUCUUAGCUACCUUGGCCCAGCGCCACAAAAUUCGCAGGCAUCCAUUUAUAUAAAUAUUGAUAUCGACACAAUCUGGGUCCAGACAUUCAAAGACGAUUGGGUUACUGUCUCUGAAGCCCUCGUCGCUAUUGGAUGGAUUCCAGAAGUCAAGCGCAUUAUUGUGCCAAAGGCAAACCCUAUGGGCAUGCAGAUGCUGUCGUCGAUUAUGCCUAACGAACACAACCGAUAUAAUAGUAUAAUCUAUCCAUGGGCCUUGAGUUUCAACCUGGAAGAGAUUUAUUAUCUUCUAGGGGACGAUGACUUCUCCUUUGAUGACAAAGGCAUCGAGUUACCACAUCUUCUCGAUGGGUACAUUGAUAGAGCAUAUCCCAGAACGUUCUCCGCCGAAAGAUUGCCCAGAUCAUUGGAAGAAAUUGAAGGUUAUGAAAAAGGCUUCGAUUAUGCUCGGAAUCGAGGUAUCGAGCAAUGUUGGGAAUCCAACCCGAUAAUUACUGGUAUAGUCGUGCAUUUUCCCAAUAUUUCGGCGCUCAAUAUGACUAACAUUAUGUAUCAGACGAACUUCACGAUAAAUACAUCGCACUGGCAAUCGAGCGGCUACAGACCUGGAAACCGCCCAAGAUCAAGUACAUAAAGGAGUCGCAGAUCAAUGGCUCCUCUAGGUUAGGGAUAGGACUAUACUUAUAGCCAUAUGAUAUAGUGGACACAGAUAGACUUGUGUGAUGAUGACAUGAGU